AUGUUACCUAGGUCCAAGCCAGACAGCAUGCGGGACCUUGGUAUCCUGGAGGCUUGUUCAGCUGCCUUUCUUUCCAAUUCUUUUGCUUUCUUCUUUUCUCUCUUUUUCUUGCUCUUACUCAUUGUUCCUGUUGAUGCUGCAGCUGCAGCGGUGGAUACACCAGUUGUCAUCCCAGUAUCUUUGGCUUUUCUGGAACUAGUGGAAGUGUCUAGGGUUGAGGGCACCUUUAGAGGAGAUACGGAUAUUUUUGGUAGAGAAAUAGGGGGAGAAGUUGUCGUUCCUUUUGUUGCCUCUGUGCUAGAGGGCACGCUUUUGACUGAUGUGGGGGAGUCGUCAUCGAGGUCGUCGAACUCCAACGGAGAAAGAAGAGAAAUUUCGGAUCCAGAAUCUAUGAGAAACUUAACUGGGAAAAGCGUGACGUUGGUGGCAAUGAUGACGACCAGCAGCUUCACUGAGGAAGAAGUCAAAGUGCCGGUAUCCUUUGGGCAAGAGUUUGUUCUCGAGCUCGUCGUAAUUCUCGUCUCCUUCGUAUUCUUCAUCCGCAGUUACUUACUCCACAAAAUUCACAACUUUCCUGCCGCGACCACGACCACAACCACGCAUAUUUCCGCGCAUAGAGGAGCAACCUCUUGCAUUCCCUUGGGACAAUCGCGGCCUGCGACCAUCUUUCUCGGGCGCGAUAUAGACAAACUUUCUAGGCGCUUGUUUGGCGGAUUCCUUGGACAACGCGCGGCACUCACUACUGAAGUGACCCUUUUGGCCACAAUUAUAGCACAAAGUAGCGACGCAAAAGUCAGAGUUACCCUGCCCAUUAUACACUGGAGGGGUCUUUGGGCGUUGGUAAGAAAUUUGGUGGAGGGAGGAGCCUUGUCGCGAUGCCUGUAUGUCUUGCUCCCGAUCUUCUACCAAAAUCGCAUUUUGGAUCGCGGCCUCAAAAUUGUCAAAACUCUCCUUGACAAAGAAAGGGUUUGGAAGCAGGGCAGCAGCAACAACUUCCACAAGAUCUCAACAGACAAUGAAUAUGGAAAGGAUGUUCGGGCGUCCUCUUUAUGGAUUCGUUUAGGGACAGGACAAAGUGAGCUGAAAGUGGGCAGCUGGAUUUUGAAUUCAGCAAACUUGCAAGGAGCUCACGUUGUGGAUCCAUAUUUAUGCAAGGCUUUGGAGGAAAUGCUGUUCCAGAACAAAUCAGUAUUGGACCUUGGAUGUGGGAUUGGUCUCUAUGGGAUUUGCUUCCUACGACUCAGUAAUCACACAUUUCCAAAUUCAGAAAGGGAUUUUUUUACAAGGCACCUUAUGGGCUUGAAAGAUUGGUGGAAGUCAACAGGUCCUGUUAUUCAGUCCUGGACUGGUUAUGAUGGAACCCCAGGGAUCAAGGAUUUGACAGCUGGCUUAGUAAAACGCAUGGAUCUCAGUAAGCCGAGAUACAUUGGACGAACAUUCAACUGGGUCUUGAGUUUAGAAGUUGGCGAGCAUAUUCCUAGAAAGUAUCAGGCGAAUUACAUCUCCAACCUCGUUAGACACGCUGAAGAAGGAAUAGUUCUGUCAUGGGCCGUCGAGGGCCAAGGAGGACGUUCACACGUGAACAAUCGGAACAACGACAUCAUCAUUGCAAUUCUGGAAGGACACGGGUUUUACCCGCAGCCUGAAAUUUGGAAAAGUCUUCGUGGCAACAGCUCUCUUUAUUGGUUCAAAAACACUGUUAUGACAUUCCGGCUGCUAAUCAGUUCUUUACCUAAUGUGGCAGCUGUGAAGGCGGCUGUUGAUGAAAAUGGUGGAAUUACCUUGGAAGACCUGAAGGCAACCCUUGAUUGA